AAAUGCUCUGCCUAAUGAAUCUCAAUGUUGUUCUCUCUUCUAUGGUCCUCCUCGUUGUCCAGUCCAGUGAGUCAUGGUGCUGAGAUAAUUGGAGGUCAAGAAGUGUCUCCUCACUCGAUGCCUUUCAUGGCUCUGCUGGUGGGAAAGAAAUCAAUGUGUGGAGGAGUACUGAUCAGUUCAAAAUGGGUCCUGACUGCUGCCCACUGCACUGAUAUGAAGAGGGUCUUGCUGGGGGUGCACUCCAUAAAAUCCACAAAAAAGGAGAAGAAUGUGAGGCAGGUCAUAGACGUAAAGAGUUGGUUUCCUCAUCCUCUCUAUAAUAAGACUAAUCACGUCAAUGACCUCAUGUUGCUCAAGCUCAGCAAAUCAGCAAAGAAAACCAAAACUGUAGGAUGGCUUAAUUUGGGUAAAACCAUCAAAGACCCACAAGGUGGCUCCAACUGCAGGGUGGCUGGAUGGGGGACGACAAAGGAGAAGGCCAAAAAAAUGUCUGACGUCCUGAUGGCUGUCAAUGUGACUGUGAUGGACAGAGUGAAAUGCAACUCUCCUGACCAUUACAACUCUGUCAUCACUAAGGACAUGAUAUGUGCUGGUUAUGUUGGUAAAAAACCUGCUGAUACCUGCCAGGGUGAUUCAGGUGGACCGCUGUUGUGCAAUGGAGCACUUGUUGGAGUCACUUCUUUUGGAAGGGGUUGUGGCCGGAAGAAAUUUCCUGGAGUUUAUGCUUUCCUGUCAAAGAAAAAACUCAACUGGAUCAAAAAGACAAUGAAGAAGUCUGAAAUAGAAGAAGAAAUGCUCUGCCUAAUGAAUCUCAGUGUUGUUCUCUCUUCUAUGGUCCUCCUCGUUGUCCAGUCCAGUCAUGGUGCUGAGAUUAUUGGAGGUCAACAAGUGCGGCCUCAUUCAAUGCCUUUCAUGGCUCUGCUGGAGACAAAGAGACCAUCCUGUGGAGGGACGCUGAUCAGUCCAAACUGGGUCCUGACUGCUGCCCACUGCACUGAUAUCAAGUGGGUCUUGCUGGGGGUGCACUCCAUAAAAUCCACAAAAAGGGAGAAGUAUUUGAGGCAGGUCCUAAAGGUGAAGAGGUGGUUUCCACAUCCUUGCUAUGAUAAGAGAAGUCGCGCCAAUGACCUCAUGUUGCUCAAGCUCAGCAAACCAGCAAAGAAAACCAACACGGUAGCAUGGCUUAAUUUGGGUAAAACCAUCAAAGACCCACAAGGUGGCUCCAAAUGCAGGGUGGCUGGAUGGGGGAGGACAAAGGAGAAGGUCAGAAAAAUGUCUGAUGUCCUGAUGGCUGUCAAUGUGACUGUGAUGGACAGAGUGAAGUGCAACUCUCCUGACCAUUACAACUCUGUCAUCACUGAGGACAUGAUAUGUGCUGGUUAUGUUGGUAAUAAACCUGCUGAUACCUGCCAGGGUGAUUCAGGUGGACCGCUGUUGUGCAAUGGAGCACUUGUUGGAGUCACUUCUUUUGGAUGGGGUUGUGGCCAGAAGAAUUUUCCUGGAGUUUAUGCUUUCCUGUCAAAGAAAAACCUCAGCUGGAUCAAAAAGACAAUGAAGUCUGAAAUAUAAUGAUCUCUGAAUUGACAGUUUACUAAACCCCUCCCAUGCACAGUGCUGUCUAGUCAUAGCUUAGUAACAAGAAUUACACAUAAUAGGCUUUGGAUUUCUAACUCAACAUUUAAUUGUUUGUAAGGAAUUGAUUAAAACAGUUAU